GUAGGGGACUAAGUAGUGGGUGAAGGUGAGAUUGGGAUGGGGGAGAUGAGGUGGGGGAUUGAGAAGGAAUUAGAUUUGGUUAUUAUUAAUGUUUUUGAGGGAGGGCACGGGACACUUUUGUUGAUAAUUUAUAUCACCCUCGCGAGCUCGAGGAAGAGAAUGGAUGUCGAUUGUCACGUGAUCGAAAACACCAGGACAAAAUGCUCCGAAUUUCUCCCAGUUAGGUAGAUGAAGUUCUGGGCAACGUCAGCCCGUCGGGGCCCUGUGAAAUUCGAGCUCCCACGGUUCUAAAAUUUGAAGAUCGCGAAGGUUGGAAAAGAGCCUGGCUUGUAGGAUCGAGAUUCUCCGAAUAAUUUCGGAGAAAAACUCCGGAGUGCCUGAAACGAAGGGAUUGCUCACAACGGCGUCUCGGAAGAACUCGAUUGCGUUCUAGGACCUUCACAGGCAAAAUAUAUCAACGAUAGUGAUUGAGACCAAAAAGAGUACCAAUGUCGCCGUCCAAAGUUCAUCGAGUCUCAAAUCAAGAAAGGCCACCAAAACCCAAAUUUAAACCUAUCAACCCAAUUGAAGAAGCUGUGAAAAUAUGGCUGAGCAGACUACCUGCUGAGCUCCAAGCCACGAUCCAAGUCCACGUCAAUGAGUUGCUAUCCUGCACAGCGAAACGAUGGGUUGUCUAUCCUCCGAUGGUUCUCUUGCCGCCUGGUAGCUUUGGAGACGAGUGGAGCGGUAUUCUUGGGUCUGAGAUCUCAUCUGAGACUAUGAACGAGCUAUGGAAAUCGGUACUGGACAACAUAUCGAAACGGGAAGGCAAAGGAAAUCUCACCCACCUUGCAGUCAACUCCGGGAUUCCCCUCAACAAGGAUUCACAUCCCCCUCCUGGCGGAGCACCACUCGCCGCAGAAGAGAAAAACCGGACCGCGCAGACUUCUUCCCCAGCAUCUGAAAACAUCCUCCGCACACCAAGCGGCCUGAUCAUGCUCUACGGAGACUUCGGACCUGCACUAUCUCCAGAUCAGAAUCCUAGGGAAGAGGAUUUCCAGCAUGCGUUCUGGGUCAGCACGAAGCAGAAUGGGAUCGUGCAGGUCUGGGCGCCGCGGUACACGAUGUUCAGCCGUGGGAAUGUGAAGGAGAAGGCGAGGAUUCUGGAUUUUCAUAGACACAGUGGGGAGUUCACGUCACGGGAUGUCGAGGAGGGGGAGAUCGAGGCGGCGACGGCGGUGGAUCUGUAUGCGGGUAUUGGUUAUUUUGUGUUUAGUUAUGCGAGGAUGGGGAUGGGGAGGGUGGUGGGGUGGGAGUUGAAUCCUUGGUCUGUGGAGGGGUUGAGGAGGGGGGCGCUUGCGAAUGGGUGGUCUGUUAGGGUUGUUGUUGGGGAUGGGGAGGGUGGGGAGGGAGGCGAGGAGAGGAUUGUGGUGUUUUUGGAGGAUAAUGCUAAAGCGCUGGAGAGACUUCAGAGAGUGGAGAUGGAUGGUCGGCUGGAAAGUGGAAGGAUCAUGCAUGUGAAUUGCGGAUUGUUGCCUACGAGCGAACUUUCUUGGGAGAUGGCGAUUGGGAUGUUGAGAGGAGGUGGGUGGCUGCAUUUGCAUGAGAAUGUGGGUGUGGAAGAUAUUGAAUCGAGGAAGGUCGAGAUUGGGAAAAUUUUGGAGCAGUGGUUGAUUGGAGCGGGUGAUGGUAGGACGGUUACGACGGAGCAUGUGGAGAGAGUGAAGACAUUUGCUCCUGGCGUUUGGCAUUGUGUCUUUGAUGUCUAUGUCGCUGGUAAAGAGGAUUGAUAAUUGCUUAUGCUAAGUAUAAUCCAUCACAUUCUUGUACCAUCUCGACUAGCAGUGGGAGAGGUGGCUGUCUCUAGCAUGUCUUCUUUCGAAGUUGUUUCAGAAGGCUUGAUAUCUUUGUCUCUCAAGGCCUUAGAACCUGAGAUGGUCUUGACUGUGGAGAUUCCUUGAACGGAGAGCAUUGGCGGAGUGUGUUUCCUCUUUUGAAGUGUCUCGGGAGCGAC